AUGGGAUCGCUGUUCCGCAGCGAGGAAAUGGCCCUGUGCCAGUUGUUUUUGCAGAGCGAAGCCGCGUAUGCCUGCGUAUCCGAACUCGGUGAAUUGGGACUGGUUCAGUUUCGGGACUUAAAUCCUGAUGUCAAUGCUUUUCAACGGAAAUUUGUUAGCGAGGUGCGCCGCUGCGAUGAAAUGGAACGGAAACUGCGCUACUUGGAAAAGGAGAUUAAAAAGGACGGAAUACCCAUGUUGGACACUGGUGAAAAUCCCGAGGCUCCUCAGCCCCGUGAAAUGAUUGACCUUGAAGCUACAUUUGAAAAAUUAGAAAAUGAGUUGAGAGAAGUAAAUCAUAACGCUGAAGCCUUGAAACGUAAUUUUCUUGAGUUAACAGAACUCAAGCAUAUCUUACGAAAAACUCAAGUAUUCUUUGACGAGCAAGAGGGUGGUUUGCACCCAACAGAAUCGAUGACGCGAGCUCUAAUUAGUGAUGACUCAAUAGCACGUCAAGUCAACGCUGGCCCAGUGCAAUUGGGAUUUGUAGCUGGAGUCAUACUACGUGAAAGAAUUCCUGCAUUUGAGCGAAUGUUAUGGCGUGCAUGUCGUGGGAAUGUAUUUUUGAGACAAGCAGAAAUUGAAACUCCGUUGGAAGACCCAUCAACCGGAGACCAAGUUCACAAAUCAGUUUUUAUAAUAUUCUUCCAAGGAGAUCAACUGAAGUCUCGAGUGCGUAAAAUAUGUGAAGGAUUUCGUGCUACAUUAUACCCUUGUCCUGAAGCUCCGUCACAACGUCGUGAAAUGGCUAUGGGUGUUAUGACACGAAUUGAAGAUUUAAAUACCGUAUUGGGCCAAACACAAGACCAUCGUCACCGAGUGCUUGUUGCUGCAGCCAAAAAUAUAAAAAAUUGGUUUAUUAAAGUUGUUAAGAUCAAAGCAAUUUAUCAUACAUUAAAUUUAUUUAAUUUGGAUGUCACACAGAAAUGUUUAAUUGCUGAAUGUUGGGUACCUCUACUUGAUAUUGAAACUAUACAAUUGGCUUUACGUAGAGGAACUGAACGUAGUGGUAGUUCUGUACCGCCUAUAUUAAAUAGAAUGGACACAUUUGAAGAUCCACCAACUUAUAACAGAACAAAUAAGUUUACAAGUGCUUUCCAAAACUUAGUUGAUGCUUACGGAAUUGCCAGUUACAGAGAAAUAAAUCCUACACCAUAUACCAUAAUUAGUUUUCCAUUCUUGUUUGCUGUGAUGUUCGGAGAUCUUGGUCACGGAUGUUUGAUGUUUUUGUUUGCUGGAUUCUUAGUACUACGAGAAAAACCAUUAGCUGCAAAAAAGACUGACAAUGAAGUAUGGAAUAUAUUUUUUGCUGGACGUUACAUAAUAUUACUCAUGGGUCUUUUUUCUAUGUAUACUGGUUUUAUAUACAACGAUAUAUUUUCCAAAUCUCUCAAUUUGUUUGGAUCCCAUUGGCAUACAAAUUACAAUGUAUCAACUGUAAUGAGUAAUAAAGAUUUACAGAUCAAUCCUUCCUUAUCAUCAGAUUAUGAUCAAGUCCCAUAUCCUGUAGGACUUGACCCCGUAUGGCAGUUGGCAUUAAACAAAAUUGUGUUUUUAAAUGCAUAUAAAAUGAAAAUUUCCAUUAUAAUUGGUGUAUUACACAUGUUGAGUGGUGUUAGCCUAAGUUUGUACAAUUAUAGGUAUUUUAAAGAUCGGCUUUCCAUUUAUUGUGAUUUCAUUCCACAAGUUAUAUUCUUGGUAUUCCUAUUCUUUUAUAUGGUUUUGUUGAUGUUUAUUAAAUGGGUAUCAUAUGGACCACAAAACGAAUUUGCUGAUAGUCCUGCGUGUGCACCAUCCAUUUUAAUUACAUUUAUUAAUAUGGUGUUAUUCAAAGAUGCUGUUGCAUUAGAAAAUUGUAAUACAGUUUACAUGUUUUCUGGACAGGGUGCUGUACAAAAGUUUUUGGUCAUAGUAGCACUUUUGUGUGUACCGAUCAUGUUACUUGCCAAACCAAUAUACAUUAUGCGUCAACAGAAAGAAAAACAUGUACAAUUGGUUAAUGGCCAUGCAACAACUGAAAAUGGUGAUGCAGAAGGUGCUGGCCGAGUAGUUCAACAACCACCACCACCCCCAGCCGGUGGACAUGAUGAAAAUGAGAUUGGUGAACUCUUUAUUCAUCAAGGAAUUCAUACUAUUGAAUACGUACUUGGAUCUGUGAGUCAUACAGCAUCAUACCUUCGCUUAUGGGCUCUUUCUUUAGCUCAUGCACAAUUAUCUGAAGUGUUAUGGAGUAUGGUUAUGACCAAAGGUCUGAUAUUGAAUUCAUGGAUUGGUGGAGUUUGGUUGUGGUUUGUCUUUGGUUUUUGGGCAAUUCUAACAGUUGGCAUCCUUGUACUGAUGGAAGGUCUUUCUGCAUUUUUGCAUACACUUCGUUUGCAUUGGGUCGAGUUCCAGAGCAAAUUUUACAAAGGACUCGGUUAUGCGUUUGCACCAUUUUCUUUUGAGGUUAUUUUAAAUACUGCCUCAACUGCAGUUGAAGAAUAA